CAGUUUCAAAACAUUUGGAAAUUUUUCUCAGGGAUUACAAGGCUCGAGAACGAAUUUUUCAAAGAAUUGAUCAUAUCUGAAACUGGGAAGGCCAAUCGAGAUCAAAUCUUUCUUCUACACUGUUUGUACGAAGCUGACAACCCUGCUAUCAGCAAGAAAGUUGCGGAAAAGAUGUUCCAUGUUCUAAACCUUGGUAACAUGCUUCUCAGCACAACCGACUGUCUCUGUGCUGCUCACAUGAUCACAUCGGCCGGGGGGGAUUGGCAUGUCGAGUUGAGGGGGUGCAAUAUGGGGGACGAUGGACUGAGGAUAUUCAAGACGUCUCUUUUGACCCACAUUGAGGCCCAUGGAGUACUCGGAUUCACCAUCAAGAGAUUGGAUUUGACUCAGAACCGGAUACGAGCCAUGUCUGUUUGCCACCUAGCGGACAUGAUCAACAGCAAGAUGCAGCUGCACUCACUCAUUUUGUCGUCCAAUCCGUUUGGAGACGAGGGCAUGAGGACUCUCACAGCAGGUCUCAAACAGCCGCACGCAACAACCAAGUCACUCCAUUUCUCAAGCUGUGAGCUGACUAAAGAUGGUGCUUUUGAACUAGCUGAUGUCUUGAGAGCAAACAUCACAAUAAAAGAACUCUACAUCGGAUUUGAACAAUUUGGUUGCCAUGGUGUUACGAGGAUAGCGCAGGCACUAGACAACAGAUACAACAAGACUCUCACUGAAUUAUCACUGACGAAAACAGAUAUGACUUCAGCCGGUCUUACUGCUCUAGCCCAAAUGGCUCCCGUCAACCAAACUCUUGAAGUACUAAGACUUGAUCGGAAUGAUUUGGGAGCUGAUGACUGUCAUCUGGUGGCUACUAUUAUUGAGAAGAGCAGUAGUCUUAUUCUGAUAAAGUCGUGACUGUUUCAUUUAUCAUUGCAACCACCAUUAUUUUGGUGUCAUGCAGUUUGUCAAAGAAUCCGAUUGGAGAUGCUGAUUUUGUGCGAGUACUUGAAGCAUUGAUCGCUAAACCUGAACGAUCUCUCAAAAAGUUGGGGGUGUUUGGAUGUGAUGUCACACCAAAGGGGCUCAAGAAACUCGUGGAACUGUUUCAGUCACAGAAACUUUUGUCGGAAUUCAACUGGGGUGCAAUCAUAUCGGAGGGUGCUGAACUAGUGGGAGAGGCUUUGAAAAGGAACAGCUCCAAUUCAGUCAAUCAAGUUCUAAUGGAGGCUACAAAGGUGACUGACGAAGGAAAGAAGAAGCUCCAAGAGGAUCUGUGACUCCAUCAACUCUGGGAGAGACACAGAGAACAAGUUAGACCUCAACUACAAGCACCACUCUCAAGUGAUGCAGAAGAGAAACUCCACCAAUUAUCUGUGAUAGUUAUGUGUAUGUACCACGUGUAACCUUUUCUUCUAUGUGUGAAAGACCACCCCAUUCAUUGUGUAUAGUAUAUUUUUAUAUUUUACAUAUUUUUAUAUUUUACAACUUAAUCAGGUGCAUAUUCUAAUGAAAGCACCGCGGGUGCUGAUGCCUCGGUGGAGGUGCCAAAGCUACAUAACAUAAAACUACUAGCUAGCUUUUAUACACACAUUGAUUAUAAUUAUCAUGAUGAUCUAAUUUUGCUGCAUUGUACAUGUAAU